UCAUGAAUCGUGAUUACCCUUUAACAACAAUAACAAAAUGACAACAAGCAUUUUAUAAGCAGACCGAGUGUCGACUCGACUACUCGAGUGAGUGACUGUCGACCGACUUCAGAUUUGAAGUGAACCAAGUGCCUCCUCUGUGUAGCGACUGGCAAGUUUAUAGUAAUCGGCAAUCGCUAAUCACAAUAAUAUUUCAUUACCGAAUAAUAAUACUAUAGACAGUAAACUGUGAAUAAUAUUGUAUGCGGUCUUUCGUUUACGGCCUUUACGACCUUUUGUAGCAGUAUUAUCCGCGUGUCGUACAGGCACAUUGUUUACAAAAUAUGGCAAAUAACCAAGAAGCAAUGCAAGUAUGUUCCUUGCCUUUACCGCCUGUGCAAUAUUUCCAAAAUUAUUCAGACGAAAACAUUAGACGAGGUCGAGCUUCUAAGCCUCCACCAAUAAUUCAAGAAACAUACACAAUGUUUGGAAACCCUUAUAAUGCUGAAGAUAGUAUAAUAAGACCUUUAGAAAGUCAGGGUUUUAAACGCCUUUACCCUCAACAUUUUGAUAGACGACGUGAAUUACGUAAACUUAAUCAUUCAUUAUUGGUUAAUUUUCUUGAUUUGCUGGAUCUACUAAUCCAAUGCCCCGACUCUCCUAGACGAGCUGAAAAAGUUGAUGAUAUAAGUCUACUGUUUAUACACAUACAUCAUUUAUUAAACGAGUUUCGUCCUCACCAAGCACGAGAAACUGUUCGUGUCAUGUUGGACUUGCAGAGGAGGCAAAGAAAUGAAACCACAAUACGAUUGCAAAAACACAUAGACAAAGUUAGCUUUAUUUUACAACAAACGUUAGAAAAUUUGCCGGACACAGAGCUUGAUUCUAAACUCAUGGUGGACACAUCAAAAAUUGAUCGUUUGGAACAGAAAAAUGCCGAUGAACCUAGAGUUGACAAAUGUGUACCUAAAGAUAAAUUGAUGUGUCAUCUUAUUGAUACAAUGAAUCCCAAUUAAAAAUUGGACAGUUUAUUUAUCUUUUGUUAUUGUUUUAUAUAUUUAUACUUAAAAUAUUUUAAACUAACAAUAUAUUUGUCAUUCUUUUACACUUGAAUCAUAUAUGUCCACAUGUACAUUAAGUUUGUGCUUACUAAAAUUUAAAGCAAUGAAUAAUUUAAUAUACUUUUUUUAUUGAUAAUAAUUGGUUAUUAUUUGAUAACAAUACUCUUAAAAUAUCUAAUCAUUGUUUCAUUAUGUUUAUCAACUAUAAAAUUAAUUUUUCUUAAUUAUUUAAUAAUGAAUUUAUGUAGAUUUUAGUAUUACGUGUAUUUUUUCUUAUAAAUUAAAGCAAAUACAUUUUGUCAUGGUAUGUUUUUGAAUAAUUUUUUUUGUGACUAUUGACUGGUAUUUUUUACUUUUAUUACAAUUUGUAGUUUUAUUAAAACAUUUUAAACAGUACUUGUAUCCAUCA